AUAGUGCUAAAUAUAAGUGAUUUGAAAAAUAAAUUAAGCAUCUAUGAUCUCAUUUUAGUUUCGAUCAAAACUAGUACCUACGUAACCUUAUUUUGAGACAGUGCUCAUUCAGACAUGAAAUCAAAAUGACAUGUGAGGUGAGAUUUUCCACAACCUGCGCACCUAACUCCGAGUUAAACCCCAUAUUUUAUAAAUAGAUUGUUAUUGUGAAUAUUAAUGACUUUUCUUGAAGUAUAAAAGCUUGGUUUCUCUUAGCAAAGACACAUUAAAACUACAGACGUUUAAGAAGACAAGAACCUACUAAUAUUAACCAUACAUCCAAAUACAAGGUCAACUAGUGUUACCUCUCAUAUACAAAUCAACCAGUGAAUUAGAAGCCAUGAAGCUCCUCUUGGUCCUUAUAGUGACUGUAGCAUGCGCUUGGUCCUCAGCGGCGCAGAGCUCCGCCAACGUGUACUGCGGGCGUCGUCUCGCAGAAAUGUUUGCGACUGUUUGUAUAACGGGAAAUAACAAGCGUGAUGCCGGCUGGUGGCUGAUGGACGAUGAUAACAUGCAGGACGUUCUUACCAUGCGUGGUAAGCGAGGCUUGGUCGACGAGUGCUGCGAAAAGGCCUGCACUGUGGAGGAACUGAUUCAAUACUGCUAACUUUUAUUGCUUCUUCUUGUACACUUGUAGCAGAGCAGUCGUGGUCUUGGAUCUUCUUCUAGUUUAGUUGCUUAAAUACCAUGUAGACUGAUUUUGUAUUGUGACUAUCUAUUUUAAUAAA